AGUGUGUGCGCUUCUGGCAUCCAUCAAUCAGCCGACAAAGUUCGACGAAAGGAAAAACCUAGAAAUUUUCGAAAAAUUACCACAAGUCUCCCUGUCAUUUCUCGAUUAUUGACCGAUAACAGCGGAUAAAGUGCAUCAUCUAAAAACGCCGCCAAGUGCAUUCAAAAUCCCAGGAAAGUAAAAAAGACAACCAGAGUGUGAGUGAGACAGAGACAGAGAGAACGGGAAAUAACAUUUUCGACAGCUAAUAACAGACUGUACUUUUUGGCGCCCAAAAGCAUUCUCGUGCAACAACAACCACAAAACAAACAAACAACCCGAAAAACAUUCAAACUAAUUAACAGCGUUUUACCAAAACGUAAUUCAAUGUAAACUCUGCAUAACAAAUUUGACAGCCCAGCACCCGAUAAAUAUACAUCUCUAAUGCAUCAGCUAAGCAACAGUAUUUUUGCUCAACAACAAACUGACGAGAACUCUUAAGGCAGAAAAAGAAAAAUCAAAUAUUUUCAUAGCAGUGAUUAUUUGUUGCAUUUGAAUUUGAAUUGAAAACCGCAGAUAGCAGAUACGAGCAGCAAAGAGAACGCAGCGAGCUUAAGCCAACAACGGUAGUACGACUAGCAAAAGACACCACCAAUUUAAUUUUUAUCUAGAAAAGCAUACAAUACCGCAAGCAAAGUAGCCAAAAUCUCUAUAUGUAUAGUUCAUGUAUCGGUCAUUUAUGAUUGGUAUAUAGCAAAGUUAUAUUUACAAACCCCGCAACCUAAUCGGAAAGUGAGCCCCUUGAAAGACAACCAAGACAACUGCUGCGAUACAGACCGAUCCACGCGGUCAGAUCCAGAUAAAUUUCAUCCAAACCGAGUUAAGACAAGGCAGCAAAAUAGAUACCAUGGAAGACAAUAACACGAGCAGCAGUGCGGGCGGUGCGUCCAUCAAACACGAGGAUCCAUCGGUGACGCUCACAAUAAGGCUGAUUAUGCAAGGAAAGGAAGUUGGUAGUAUUAUUGGUAAAAAGGGUGAAAUUGUCAACAGAUUUCGUGAAGAGUCUGGUGCCAAAAUCAACAUUUCGGAUGGCUCGUGCCCGGAACGCAUUGUGACUGUGUCUGGUACAACUAAUGCAAUCUUUUCGGCAUUUACGCUCAUUACAAAGAAGUUCGAAGAGUGGUGCUCGCAGUUCAAUGAUGUAGGCAAAGUUGGCAAAACUCAAAUACCCAUUCGAUUGAUUGUGCCCGCCAGUCAAUGUGGAUCGUUAAUUGGCAAGAGUGGUUCAAAGAUCAAGGAAAUUCGCCAGACCACCGGCUGCUCCAUCCAAGUUGCCAGUGAAAUGCUGCCAAAUUCGACAGAGCGGGCGGUUACUUUGAGCGGCAGUGCCGAGCAGAUCACCCAGUGCAUCUAUCAGAUAUGUCUUGUCAUGUUGGAGUCCCCGCCACGCGGUGCUACCAUCCCGUACCGACCAAAACCGCAAGUUACUGGCCCCGUCAUCCUGGCCAACGGACAGGCCUUCACCAUUCAAGGAAACUACGCAGUGCCCACACAAGAGACCUGUCCAGUAUUUCCACUUGCCCUGGCUACCGGCGGUCUACAUGCUGGUAUCUCAGGCUUGGCGGAUCCUUUGUUAAAGGGGGCACAUUUACAAGGAGCGAUACCAGCACACCACCAUCACCUACAGCAAAUGCCCGAUGUGGCCAAGAACCCGCUGGCCAGUCUGGCCGCCUUGGGCCUGGCUGGGAUGAACCAGGCCGGCACUGGGGGCAUCAACCACACAGGUGAGUUGAGCGCUUCUGCGGCCAGAUGCCAGACAGAUUUCCAAUCUAAUCUAGGCUCUGCCCCAGCAGCCUUGGCUGCCCUGGCCGGGUCGCAACUGCGUACAGCGAAUCCCGCGAACCGAGCCCAGCAGCAGCAGCACGAGAUGACCGUCUCGAACGACCUGAUCGGCUGCAUCAUCGGCAAGGGCGGCACCAAGAUCGCCGAGAUCCGCCAGAUCUCGGGCGCCAUGAUCCGGAUCUCGAACUGCGAGGAGCGCGAGGGCGGCAACACCGACCGCACCAUCACCAUCAGCGGCAACCCGGACUCGGUGGCACUGGCCCAAUACUUAAUCAACAUGAGUGUUGAGCUGCAGAAGGCCAAUCUCCUGGAGCAGGCCCAGGCCCAGCAGAACGGCGGUGCCAUCGCAGCUCCCGGAGCGGCUGCCGCCGGAGUGCCGGCCAUUGCCGGCGCCUCGGCUCCUCCAUCGGGCUCGAACGGAGCAGUCACAGCGGUCGCUCUCACCGGCAGCGGUGGCGCAGGAGUCGUGGGAGCGGGUGCCACAGCAGCCGCCGCAGCAGUGGCCAACGGUGCCGCUCCGGCGGCCAACGGCGGCGGGACCAACGGCAGCAUCUCCGCCGCCGGGGGAUACGCCAGUGCCAACGGCACUGCGAACGGAGCGGUGGCAGUGAACCCGGCUGCGGCCGCCGCCCUCUCCAGCCCCUUGGCCUCGGCCCUGCAGCUGCUGACCAAGCCGGGAGCGCUGAGCGCCCUGUCCAACCUGAGCGCCCUCGACCUGCUCAACCUGACCACGCUGGGCAACAACAACGGGGCCGGCGGCAACCCGGGCGGACCGCCGGUGCAGACGACGGGCGUGAACCGGGCCAAGGGCCACUACGCCACCUCGCGCUUCCGGCAGCACCAGACGGAGACCGGCGGCGAGGCGGAGAAGCCGCGCAACAAGUUCAACCCGUACUAGGAUCCGUAGGCUACGGAUACGGAGGGAGCUAUAGUCGCUUAGUUUUGUAGGAUUUCCAUGAUAGCGUUGCGAAAGCUUUAGACCUAGAUUCUUGAAGAAGAAACAAAAUUGUAUAAAUUCGCUUUAAACUUAUGUGGUAUGCGUACACGCUGCGAACCUAAUCGUAUUGUAUUCAAAUUCGUAUUCGAAGUUUCAAGACAGUUUUUUGCGUCUAGUUAAAGCACAGUAUCCAAGUAACCGAUAGACAACCCUACGCAAUAUUUAUCAAUGUUUUUGAAAAACAAACUAACCAACAAUCGUAAGCAGUCACUCUUAGAUCGGCCACUUAGGGCAGCUAGACAUUAUUUAAUCCAGCACUCAACCAUAUUGUGCAUCGAAUAGGUAGGGAGCGGGCCAUCCAUGAACGGCCCGAUCGAGAUAUUUUGACCAAGUGACCAAGGACCCUAGUGGGCGCUAUAGAUUUUGGACCCCAAACUUUUGAUAAAUGCCUAAUAACAUAUAUACAUGGGUACAUAGGUACAUAGAAAAUGUAUCGUACAUUACUGAAUUUGCCAAAUUUUAGCGCAUCCCUAGCAGCGUUCUUUGAAGCUUUAGAUUAGACUAGAUCGCGUUUAUCGGAGUCGAUUACCGAAUGCCGAUAUAGAGCAGCCAACAAUCUUUCCCCAAUCCAUUCAUUGUAACAUAAAACACGCUCCAAUAUCUUAUAAUCCAUUGUACUCUCCUAGUCCGUAAGCACUAAAUGUAUUUUUCCCUAUAUAUACGAUUAUAUAUAAUCAGCAUUAAGCAUAAAGACCCGAAAGCCAUUUGUCGAGAACAGAAGCAUCUGCAGAAAAAAGUGAAACAGAAACAGACAGAAUAUGAAGUAAAAGAACCUUCUAUAAGAAGUUUACAAAGAAGAAAUUCCAAUGCGUUGGGCCCCAAGGCAAAAGAGGAGCGAUGAGAUUCGAGCUCUCGGCGGAGGGGAUCAACGACCUUUAUGGACCAAUUCGCUCUAAUUGACGCAAUCCACGCAAUGAGCGUACAAAAACCAACUAUUUGAAUAGAAAUCGAAACAAACACACUGAGAACAACAUGGAAACGCCAGGAAAAGGCAGUCAGAGAAGCAUAUUCAAGGCAUAUGUUCUGUAGGAGGAGAAGAAUUUGAAUGAAAUUUGAGAAAACGUUAUCAUGUAUUAGACUUUAAGUCUCCGAUUGUUUAUAGAACUUAAUUUUUGUUAGUUUUACCAACUUAACCAAGCCCCAUUUGUAUUUAUUAUGCGAUUGUACAUUUUUGUUAUUAUUUGUAGCCAAGACACUUUUGAAUUGGUCGAAAAUAAUGUUGAAAAAGUAUUUGGAAAUUUAAUUUUCUCUACCCUAAAGUACACGAAACUAUUGUAGCUACUUUGAAGGAAUUUGAUAUGAUUUUCUUAUUUUUACAUAUACCAGUAGCCUUAAGACAAAUGACACACUAUGUAACACUUUAAGCUAAGCGGGCUUACGAUUUUAUAACCAAAUUAUAUUCCUAACUUAUCAUACAUCCUACAUACAUACAAACAUACCCACAUACCCUUACAUACAUACAUACAUAUAUGCGAAGAUAAUUCUUAUGGCUCAUUAACACAAGUAGUUAAAAAGAGAAACGGAUUAACGUAGUAACAUGAAAAUCUUAUAAUGAAUAAUAAUAUUUCUCGAUAUUAACAAUAAUAGACACCCAACCAGAAAAGGCUUUACCUGUAGAACAACAACAACAACAACAAGAACAGAAGGAACAGCAAUAGCGACCGAAACAAAGCUAAACUAUUUAUAUGCAAUGAAAACAUGAUGAAAACACAUGAGUUUGUAAUAAAGUGAAAAAUGAAUACUAAAUCGAACGUA